CCGGAGGAAAGAGACUCAGAGAUGAGACGUCCAUGUUGGUGACCCAUCAGAAUCACAGACUGUUUACACGACGUUCCGAGACUUCCAGUUGACCUUCCAUGUUUCCACACUGUCCUCAACUGCUUCCGACGAUACUACACAGGAGCCAUCAUGACACCAGAGGACCUCUUAAACACUCUGGAUAAUCUUGGCAAUGAGGAGUUCAUUAGAUUCAAAUGGUUCCUGCAAAACAUUGACUGCCUUCAAGACCUCCCAACUAUCAAAAAGGGUCAGCUUCAGAUGGCAAACAGAGAGGAUACUGUUGAUCUGAUGCUUCAGACCUACAGACUUCCUGGAGCUCUGAAGGUUACUGGGAAGAUUUUAGAAAAGAUCAACAGGAAUGAUCUACUCCAAAGUUUGUCUGUCAGCAACUCAGAACCGGAAGAUCAUAUGGUUCCAGUUCCUGAGCCGCAUCCCAUCACAUUUUACCAACGGAUGCUUCAGUUAAACUUCCAGGACAAGUUCAUGUGUACACAGGAGGGCUGGGCAGAAGAUAAACAGCGUCUGGUUGAUAUCUAUACAGACGUUUACAUCACUGCUGGGUGUGACGUACACAUCAACACACAACAUGAGGUCAGGCAGAUUGAGAAUGUAUUAAAGCCAGCAGAAGAAAUAGCAGUAAAGCCCAGAGACAUGUUCAGCCAUCCUUCAGGAGAAUACCAGCCCAUAAAAACUGUCCUGACCAAUGGAAUAGCAGGAAUUGGAAAAACAUUCCUUGUGCAGAAGUUUGUGUUGGACUGGGCUGAACAAAGAUCCAAUCAAGACGUGGAUCUUAUUUUCCCCUUCACCUUCCGUCAGCUAAAUCCACUGAGAGCAGAAAAAUUCAGUUUAGUUCAGCUCAUCCAUGAAUGCAUCCCAGAAACUGUAGACAUCAAAGAGGAGGCUCUGAAUUACAUCUUUAAAAUUCUGCAGUCUUCUGGAAACAGUAACUAUGACAAAAGUAAAUUUAAACUUCUUUUUGUGUUGGAUGGACUGGAUGAGAGCCGCCUUCAUCUGGAUCUCCACAUUGAUGACAUUCGAUCUGUCGAUGUGACAAAGACAACCACAACAGAAGUUCUGUUGAGGAAACUCAUCAAUGGAAAACUGCUACGCUCUGCUCGAAUCUGGAUAACAUCAAGACCAGCAGCAGCCAGUCAGAUUCCUCAACAGUUUGUUAGCAGUAUGACUGAGGUCAGAGGGUUUACUGACCUACAGAAGGAGAAGUACUUCAGGAAAAGAUUCAGAGAUGAAGACCAAGCCAACAAGAUCCUUUCCCACAUCAAGGCAUCACAGAGCCUCCACAUCAUGUGCCACAUCCCAGUCUUCUGCUGGAUCACAGCUACAGUUCUGGAGGAUAUGUUGAAAACCAGAGAAACAGGAGAGCUACCCAAGAGCCUGACUGAGAUGUAUACAGAGUUCCUGGUGUUCCACAUUGAUCACACUAAAGACAAAUAUGGGUCUGGGAUGUCUAUUCAGUACAUCAAAUCCUUAGCAAAACUAGCUUAUCAGCAGCUGGAGAAGGGCAACCUAAUCUUCUAUGAGAAUGAUCUCAUGGAGAGCAGCGUUGACCUUAAAGAAGCCUCUGUGUGCUCUGGAGUGUUCACAGAGAUUUUCAAAGAAGUGCGCGGCAGGAAAGACAAAGAAAAGAUGUUUAGCUUUGUCCACCUGAGCGUUCAGGAGUUUCUGGCUGCUGUUUAUGUGAGGAUGUCUCUUAGUAGCAACAGCAAAAACUCAUUUUUCACAAAACGAUCAUUAAAAAACCUUCAACUUACAUUAAACAAAUCAUCUUCAAAGAAGAUUCACAGGAUUUACAUUGACAAAGCAUUGCAGUCUCCAAACGGACACUUGGACUUGUUCCUUCGCUUUUUUCUAGGUCUUUCACUGCACAGCAACCGAGAUAAACUGAAGGACCUGCUGAAUAGUACAAACAGUAGUUUAGAAACCAUUCAGAAAACUGUUCAAUACAUCAAGAAGAAGAUCAGUGUGAAUCUGUCUGUAGAGAAAAGCAUCAAUCUGUUUCACUGUCUGAAUGAACUGGGUGAUCGUUCUCUGGUGGAAGAGAUCCAGCAGUACCUGAGUUCAGGAAGUCUCUCUACAGACAAACUAUCUCCAGCGCAGUGGUCAGCUCUGGUCUUUAUCCUACUUUCAACAAAAGAUCUGGAUGUGUUUGACCUGAAGAAAUACUCUUCUUCAGAGGAGGCUCUUCUGAGGCUGUUGCCAGUGGUCAAAGUUUCCAGAAAAGCUCUGUUGAGUGAAUGUAAUCUGACAGAGAGAAGCUGUGACGCUCUUGGCUGUCUGCUUAUCUCUCAGUCAUCUGCUUUGAAAGAUUUGGACCUGAGCAAAAAUAUCCUGGAGGAUUCCGGAGUGAAGCUACUGUUGGCUGGAAUGGAGAGUCCAUACUGUAAGCUGGAGAUUCUUCGGUUGUCAGGUUGUAUGAUCUCAAGGGAAGGCUGUGCUUUUCUGGAGUCUGCUCUGAGGUCCAACCCAUCCCACCUCAGAGAGUUGGACUUAAGCUACAAUCACCCUGGCGAGUCAGGAAAAACACUACUCUCUGCUACAUUUGAGCAUCCACUCUCCAAACUAAAAUCUCUCAGACUGGAAUGUGGAGGAGAACACAGACUGAAACCUGGACUGAAGAAGUAUUUCUGUGAACUGACUCUGGACCCGAACACGGCUCACAGAAAGCUCCAGCUGUCCGACAGCAACAGGAAGGUGGCAGUGGUCAGAGAGCAGCAGCCAUAUCCUGAUCAUCCCCACAGAUUUCACUUCUGUCAGCUGCUCUGCACUGAUGCUCUGACUGGUCGCUCUUACUGGGAGGUGGAGUGGGAAGGAGUGGUUCAUAUAGCGGUGAGCUACAGAGGAAUCAGAAGGAAAGGAACCAGAGAAGACUGCUUGUUUGGAAGAAAUAACCAGUCGUGGAGUCUGAGCUGCUCAGCUGUUGGUUACUCCGUGGGCCACAAUGAGCAAGAAGCCGUCCUCUCGUCCUCCCCGGUCUCCCACAGAGUAGCAGUUUAUGUGGACUGUCCUGCUGGCGUUCUGUCCUUCUACAGAGUCUCCUCUGACUCACUGAUCCACCUCCACACCUUCAACACCACAUUCACUGAACCUCUAUAUGCUGGCUUUGGGUUCUGGUUUGGUGGGUCUGGAUCUUCAGCUUCUCUGUGUUCUCUGGAGGAGAACAAACCUCUUUGUGAUGAAUCCUAUUAAAGUAGCACAAACAUCA